CGGCGCGGUCAGCGGCGGCGCUGAGAAGAGCGGCUGCCGCCAUGAUAGAACAGCAGAAGCGCAAGGGCCCGGAGUUGCCGCUGGUCCCAGUCAAACGGCAGCGGCAUGAGUUACUGUUGGGAGCGGCGGGGUCGGGCCCCGGAGCCGGGCAGCAGCAGACGGCGCCGGGAGCUUUGCUGCAAGCGGGACCUCCCCGCUGUUCCUCCCUUCAAGCCCCAAUCAUGCUUCUCUCCGGACACGAAGGGGAAGUGUACUGCUGCAAGUUCCAUCCCAGUGGAUCCACCUUAGCAUCUGCGGGAUUUGAUCGACUGAUACUGCUGUGGAAUGUGUAUGGUGACUGUGAUAACUACGCCACGCUGAAGGGGCACAGCGGGGCGGUGAUGGAGCUGCAUUACAACACCGAUGGCAGCAUGCUCUUCUCCGCAUCCACAGAUAAAACUGUGGCAGUGUGGGAUAGUGAGACAGGUGAGAGGGUUAAAAGGCUGAAAGGACAUACUUCCUUUGUGAAUUCCUGUUACCCAGCCAGGAGGGGCCCCCAGCUUGUCUGCACGGGCAGUGAUGAUGGUACAGUUAAGCUUUGGGACAUCCGGAAGAAAGCAGCUGUGCAGACAUUUCAGAACACCUACCAGGUGUUAGCUGUGACCUUCAAUGACACAAGUGAUCAGAUUAUUUCGGGUGGAAUAGACAAUGAUAUCAAGGUCUGGGACUUGCGCCAAAACAAGCUGACCUACACCAUGAGAGGCCACGCAGACUCAGUGACGGGCCUCAGCUUAAGUUCUGAAGGCUCUUACCUCUUGUCCAAUGCAAUGGAUAAUACAGUGCGGGUCUGGGAUGUCCGGCCAUUUGCUCCCAAAGAGAGGUGUGUGAAGAUAUUUCAAGGAAAUGUGCACAACUUUGAAAAGAAUCUUCUGAGAUGUUCUUGGUCACCUGACGGAAGCAAGAUAGCAGCUGGUUCCGCGGACAGGUUUGUGUAUGUGUGGGACACCACGAGCAGGAGGAUUCUGUACAAGCUGCCUGGACACGCCGGCUCCAUCAAUGAAGUGGCUUUCCACCCCGAUGAACCCAUUAUUCUGUCAGCGUCCAGUGACAAGAGACUGUAUAUGGGGGAGAUUCAGUGAAGACGCGGAACAGAAGUCUCCACGGCUGCUUGACCUUGAGACCUCACCCUGCAGAAGUGGCAUCAGACGGUGCCCGGACCAGCCUCCUCCCCUCUGACGAGAUCAUUAAUAGCAAAGGCCAGGAGGAGGCGACCCCAUCCCAACAGCCGCGGUCUCCCAUUCCCCCAGGACGAUGAAGGCAAGCUCACAGUGGCCUCCAAACCACCUGCCACAUUUCAGGGACUGUUUGGUUCUUUCCUCUUUUUUUUUUUUUUUUAAAUAAGAUUUCUUCAAAGAGACAGACAUAGAUUGGUUUGUAGUUUCCUGUUUUCUAAUCCAGGCCGAAGACAGGGAAUGUGGCUGAACUUUGUUGGGAUUUUCUUUUUUAAUUCAAUAACUGGCUUGUAUGAUAUUUUCUUUCUGUGUUUCUCUGAGUCAUUUUGUAUUAAAAACCAAAUAGAUGCCUUUUUACAAGAGC